UACGCACACCUGUAAAGCAUUGUAACUCUUUCAUUCAUCUCUUUUGUGUAUCACAAAACUCUGUACUGUACUGGAUUCGAAAAGGUGAACUCAGUUGUGAAUGCGGCGUGUAUUGGGCGUGUCGUUAUAAUAGCAUAUUAGUGUAAAAUUUCGUAUUUAUUUCGCUUUCGGUUAGACCAAAAAAGCAAUUUUAUGUAGUGCCGUUUCCACGUAUGCAUUUGUGAUUAUUAUUUACAUUGUUUGAGCAUUCAAAUUAUUUUGAGUGAAAUAUGAACAAUACAGACGAAAUCGAUCACGCAAAAUCGUCAACAUUCCACGAGAAUGAUGUUGCACCAUCAACAGGUGAUUCCAACGCAUCAAAACCAUCAAACAUUGAUUCAUCUUCCGCGGAACAUGACACGGAUAAAGUGAUUGUUGAUCCAGCUAUUAGCUCGAAACCCAAAGGCUGGGUUCAGUUCGAAGAUGAAGAUGAUAAUAAAACAGCGAAAGAAGAUAAAAUUCCACAAAUGGAAAACGUUGAUCUGUCGGAUAAGCCACAAGAAAAGCCGGCUGCCGUUCUUACCACUGAAAGUGUACACGUGAAUAUCAGCAACAAAACAAUAAACCAUCCGUUGUCACAAAAUUCUCCAGCUGCACCGUCACCUGCGGUCAUUGACAUACCAAAUACCAGUAAUACAAAUCCAGGUCUUCGUACUAUUGAACUGUCAACUGGGAGAGUGAGAGAAGGUUUUGCAAACGGAGACAUAAUCGUUACCCUUCUUCCUGUAAAUACUCGUUGGCCAUGGAUAACUCCAGCACAAUUUCGGCCUGAGCUAGUUCCCGAGGAACUUAUGGCACAAGGAUUAACACUGACGGUGGAGGAAUAUGUGCACGCUCUAGAAACAUUAGUGAACGAUUUCCGUUUCACUGUUUACAACGUGUGCUACAAGCGUGUCCUCUGCGUGUGGAUAUUUUUCGCUUUUAGCGUUUUGCUCGGUCUGCUGUUCUCCGGCUUGAAGGGAAUCGCAUUAUUCAGUCUGGGUGUCGGAUGGCUGUUCCUCAACGCAGCGGCAAUAUUCCUUUGUAUGUGGGUGAAACUGAGAUUAGCGCGCGGAUUGGAACGAUGUUUAGCGUCCGUGAAUAAACAGUUGCUUCGACACAAAAUCAUUUUAGUACUCGAUGAUCGGGGAAAAAUAUCGUGUCACAAAGUGAACUUGUGCUUCAUGUAUUUUGAUCCGUCGCAAUGUGUUACCUAUUUGAACGAGUUUAUCGAAAGAAGCGAACAAAGCGGUACAUCAAUCGAACCGGGAUGGGAGAGUAGACUGGACGUUUCAGCGACUGACAUUGUGAUACAAGGAAGCAACCCCACCAGAGUGUCUAGAAAACAGGAGCGUGGCUUAUUGUUAUUCCUUCGAUAUACGUCGAGAUAUGGAAAUGAAGUGGUUCGUGGCCUGGCUGAUGUUAGCCUUAUUGAACCAGCUAGACAUUGCGCUUCAUUUAUUUGUCCAUGUCAAUAUAUUGAGCGACAUUUAUCAUGCAAACCACGAGUCAACGCACUACCAAAUGAGCGAAUAUGGAAUCCGUUGAAUUCUCUCAAUUGAAGUUCGUUUUGAAAUUUUACAUCACAAUUUUUACACACAUUUCUUCCUAACUGUGAGUUGUGCUAUAAAUAGGAAAAUUGUGGAUUUUUUCUGCUCUGACGAAGCUUUGACACGAGUAUGAAAACUAAAAAGAUUUUCUCGAGAACUUAAUUCAACUUUGUUAUCUCUUGUGUCAUUUCCAGUAAUCUGUACGAAUAAAGACGAUUAAGAAACCUCGGAGAGUUUUGUCGUUGAAACUUCGGCAUUUAUACUGUAGAAUAGAAUGCUGCGGCAGGUCUCCCUAUUUCGUCCGAAUACUCAAAUUUCAGUGCAAAAAGUUAAACAAAAUCGGCGCAGCGCCAUGAAAUUUUGUAAUCGUCAGUAGAUAUUUCUAGUGGAAUUUCAAAUCGUGAACAUUUUGACAUUAGCACAACUCAUGGUAAAUUAGCGUAAUUUUAUUACAAAACCCCUACUCUACUAUAUGCGGAGCGUACGUUAAUUUUGAAAUUAUACCAGUUUUGAGUGUGAGCUUAUCUAUUUUGAGUAGUCUUGUCGAAACUUUCGUUGAACGGACAUUGGGCGAGUUAAGAUACUAGCGCUUCCAUAUUAGACGUUUCAUUGAAUUUUAAUCUAAAUCUUUUAGCCAGAUGGUCACAUUGAAGUGUAACAUUUAACGCUGUUUUCGAUGCUUUCAUUCUUUAUCUUCCAAAAUAAAAUUCUGAGAAUUGAAGAGUAAACUGCUCGGAAUUUCAUUCAAUUACUUCCGAGGUCGUUGACCUAGCAAUUUUGUUUUCAUGUUUUUGUCAGUAGAUUACGUACUGGCUUGAAGAUUUUCAUUUUGACUAGUGCUGAUACACCAGUGCGGCCGAAGUAUACUUAGUAUAUUUUACUCGCGAAGAACGUCGGAAACUAGCUUUAAUGUUACUGUCACUGCCGGAAAUCGAAUUUCUGUGAAGCGAUGAAACAUCUACUUGCUGCGUUUAUAUCUUACCAUUCUCAAUGAUAAACUGUGGGCUCUUAAUAACAGUCAAAUUUUAGUGGUAGAAAAUUGUUAGUACAAAAACGUACAACUUAAGAAAGAAUCUUUCCUGGUCUUUUAAAGGAACUUAACACAACAAACAAUAUGUCAGUUGGUAGCAGGGCGUAAGAAAUGUAAAGAAUUUAAUUCUUUUAGUUCUGUAAAAAAUAGCUUAAUCUCAAAGAGAAGACAAAGAAAAUUCAUUGGAACAUUAAACUGACUACUUUCAGUAGUUUCUAUAGAUUUAAUAAAUAUUUUUUAUCGAAAAUAGUUGAGCUGAAUUGCAAGCGAAUGAGCGACGGUCGUUUACAUUGGGUGCUACAGUCUAAAUGAAGAUAAGUGGAUCUAUAGAUUUCGAUUCCAAAAUAUGUAAUUCAAUGAUUUUAUCGUGAUACAAUUCCUUGAGAAUAAUUUGUUUGUAAAAUUUUAUAUCUGUGGAUGUAACUGGGGACGAUGGGCCCUAAUAAACGCUUUUCUCAAUUAGCCUAAUAAUAUAAUCAUACUAAGUGAACUAAACAUGUAGCCGUACAACGUUCGCAUCUCUAAGAUUUUUAAUUCUAUGGGGCUUGGUACGCGAACAAGAUUUUCUUCUAAAAAAACUAUUUUGCCGGAGAGAAUUUUUGUCAAACAAUAUUUUCUCCAGUCUUAUCAAUUUAGCACAAAGUACUUAAAAUGAUGUUCCUCUUGAUAAGACUUUAUCUUUCGAAAAUAGAGAAAGGCUUUUGAUUGUGUGAGCAUAUUUUACGUGUAUUUGUUAAAAUAAAUCACAUUGUUCCUUUAAAUCCUUUAUUGCCUAUCAUAUAUACGUAAAUAACCAACUAUUUUCGAUAAAAUAUAUAACCAAAAACUGUAUCUGAUUCAAUCUCAACAAUGUACUUAAAUGUCUCAUCAUUUAUUGUUCUAAGUAAAUAACAUUUCGAUUUAACAUUUGGUAAAUUUGUUAGACCCAAAUGCAUCCGUCCGAAAAUCAAGGUAACGAAAUCUGCGUAGUUACUUAAAUUUUUGAGAGUCAAUAUAAACGUAAA